AUGGCAGCCUCCGAGAAGGAGAAGCAGGCCGCCACCAAAGCUGCGGCCGAUCGCGAGGAGGCGCUGAAGGACGCCGAGGCCGCCCGCGACCGCUGCCGAGAGCUGGAGAACGAGCUGAAGAGCCUGUGCGACCAGCGCGCAGAAGAAGCACGUGGCCGCCAGGCGAAGGAGGAGGAGAUGAGGGCCCGGGAGGACGCCGUUAAGGGCCACGACGCCGAGCUGGGAGAGCUGGCAAAGGCGCAGGCCGCAGAGCGCAGUCGGCUGGAGGAGUUGGAGCGGAAGAGGUCCAGCGUGGCGCUGAAGUCACUGUACGAGAAGGGCUUGGAGAAGCUCGCUGAGGAUGGCCCUGCUCAGCUGCUUCCCCACUUGGUGAAGGCGCUUGAGGAAGUCGUGGAGGGCAUCAGUUCCAUGGCUGAGGCAGAGGCUCACGUCCUUUCUUCAGCUGCACUGACGCGUGUCUUCAGCCAUCUGUACCUUCGCGACCCCAACGCUCGUCUUGACGAGCUACUGGAGCCUGUAGCCGAUGAACACUGCACGGCUACCGCCGCAGCCGUGAAAGGUCAAGUGGAGGCCCUGCUGAAGAAGUUCCGCGGCUUCGUCCUCGCGCCCUCGACCGGUGAUGCCACCGAUCCUGCGGCUCCAUCUAGCAGUGCAGGUGAAGGCGACGCUACCAAGGGAGGAGCACCUUCUGCGGGUGAUGGCGGUGUCCAGGGGUGA